UUCAGCUCCCUCUUCAACCAGCUCCUCCUCAUUCUUCUUCUCUCGUCGGACAAGAACGCAAGCCAAGUCCUACUCAUAAAACCCUAGAGGAGGAGGCGCCGCCGCCGCAGCAGCAAAGGAGCCGACGCGUGAUGCCGAAAUCUAAGCGCAACCGCCCAGUGACCUUAUCAAAGACCAAGAAGAAGCCAGGUUUAGAGCGCAAGGGCAAAGUAGUAGCCGAGAUAAAAGAUGCCGUCGACCAAUACAGCAGCGCCUAUGUUUUUACCUACGAUAACAUGAGGAAUCAGAAGCUCAAGGAUCUCAGGGAGCAGCUCAAAUCAUCUAGCAGGAUUUUUCUUGCUGGAAAGAAGGUUAUGCAGAUAGCGUUGGGGCGGUCACCUGCUGAUGAAGCUAAAACAGGCCUCCACAAACUUUCCAAGUUCCUUCAAGGUGACUCGGGUCUGUUCUUUACCAAUCUUCCAAGGGAUGAAGUUGAGAGGCUGUUUCGAGAAUUUGAGGAGCAUGAUUUUGCAAGGACAGGAAGCACUGCCACAGAAACGGUGGAGCUUAAGGAAGGCCCUCUGGAACAGUUUACACAUGAAAUGGAACCUUUUCUACGCAAGCAAGGACUGCCAGUUCGCUUGAACAGAGGCGUUGUAGAGUUAGUUGCAGAUCAUGUAGUGUGCGAGGAAGGAAAACCCCUUUCACCAGAAGCAGCACAGACUCUGCGCUUGCUCGGGAUCCAGAUGGCAACAUUCCGGCUAUACCUUGUGUGCCGCUGGUCCUGUGAUGACUUUGAAGUGUACAAAGAAGGCUUGGCGCACCUAGGAGCUAAUGAUGAUUCCGCUUAAGAUCCUUACGUUCCCCACUGUAAGGACGCACUUGCUGUCUUGUGUUGGGACAGUUUUUGGUAUUGUGUGUGCGGCCUUCCCCGGAGUGUUGGAAAUUUGAAAUUCUGCUUGUGUGUUUCUUUCAGUCCCAUCUACUGUAGUGUUGGAGGGUGUAAGCUGAUUGGUAUAUCAUAUGAACAAGAUGUGGAGCUGAGAGGUGGAUCACUGACCAUGCAGUUAUUUUUGAGAGUCAACGAGUAUUUCAAUGUCUGAAGAUCA